CAAAGGUGAAAAAAUUGAUGUCAACGUUUCAGCAGAAGAAAAAUUAUAUUAUACAUUACCGGAACCUACAGCAGGCAAUUGAAAAUGGGUUAAUAGUUGAAAAAGUGCAUAGAGUUUUAGAAUUUAGCCAGUCUGCAUGGUUGGCGGAUUACAUUAACUUAAACACAGAGAUGAGGAAGAAGGCACAGAACGACUUUGAGAAAGACUUUUUCAAAUUAAUGAAUAAUGCGGUAUUUGGGAAGACUAUGCAAUCGAAAAGAAAGGAAAUGAAGAUGGAGUUGGUGUCGUGUGAGAGACGAUUACAAAAACUUAUUAAUAAGACGACAUUUAAACAUGCUACCAACUAUAACGAAAACCUGAACGCGGUGGCACUAGAAAACAAAAUAAUCAAAUUUGAUAAGCCUAUAUAUAUUGGAUUUGCUGUUCUUGACAUUUCCAAGACGAAGAUGUACGAUUAUCACUACAACGUAAUGCAGAAGCACUAUGGUGAUAAUAUCAAACUUAUGUAUACUGAUACUGAUUCGUUGGUAUACCAUAUUAAAACUGAAGAUUUUUACAAAGACUUGAUUGAGAAUCCCAACUUGAUGGAUAGAUUAGACACGUCGGACUUGCCUCCUAUCCAUCCGUGCUACACUACAGCUAGGAAGAAGGUGCCCGGGUUUUUCUCUGAUGAAGCAAAAGGACAUAUAAUGACAGAGUUUUGUGCACUACGUGCAAAAUCAUACGCGUACAACAUAUAUACAGGAGAAGAGGAUGUGGUGAGAGAGCAGAUCAAGGCGAAGGGUGUAAGACAGCAUGUGGUUAAAAACCAUAUGACGUUGGAGGAUCAUGUUAAGUGUUUGUUCGGAGAUGAAAGUCUUGAUAAAUAUACAGAAAAUGUAUCCAUUCGCUCAUUCAAACACCAGCUAAUUACAAUCAAAACAAAUAAAUUGACAUACAACAACUACGAUGACAAAAGAGUGGUGCUAGACGAUAAAAUACAUACAUUGGCUCACGGUCAUUAUAGUUUAGAGUAA